GAUGAGAAGCGUCGAGUUGAUAGUAUGUGAACCUUUUCUCCAGAUUGUGACCAGUCCGAGAAGCCACUGCCACUUGGUACCCUUCAGCCGAAAAGGACUCAGCGCAGGCUUUGCCGACGCCGGAACCAGCACCGAUGAUGAGCGCGACGGGUGACAUGUCGGAGAGACAGGGGAAAAGGGUAGUUCAGUGGCUUAGUCUGACCUCAUUUGUUGAGGUAGACGCUUACUUAUUAUAUACAGUAUGCCACUCUGCUGACCGAGCUUCGGACGGAAUUCGGCGACCCGAACUAAUCGAAAGACUUUUUUGCGUUACUGCAGGACCCUCAAACGGGUUUCGGCUGAAACGACUUUGUCCAUCCGCCCAUGUCUGCGUAGAUCGGCGGAAGAGAGGGCAGCUGAAAGACCGUAGGAUGAUCAUGUGGAUGCAUGGAAACCCGCUGCCCAGUGACAAAGGAGCGUCUGCUUCGGACGAACUGUAUGAGGUUUUCCGACUCGGCGGACCGGGCUGCCACUUUCUUUUUGGAGCAAAGGGCGAGUUUGAACUGGAAGGUGCUCAAAUCAUCAAUCUUGCGCCCCCGCUUCGCUGGCCAUAUGGUCUGUAACCACUCUUGAGUCCUAGAAUGGCUCACAGAGGCAAAUUGUCCAUACAAAGGAUGAAU